GAACUGAGUCAUUUUGGAGUGAGACUGAGCUCCACGCGGUCGCUCACACACACACGAGAGAGAGAGAGAGUAAAGGUGGAUGUUGAAAUCAGAGACAGAGCAGCUACACUCACACACUCACACACUCACUCACUCACGCACGUACACACUCGCGCUCACGCAGGCUAUUACGCGCGCACACGAAGCACACGGACAGAACAUUUAGUACCGUGGCUGUGAGAUGAGAAGAGGGGCGGGCUCGACUUAGGAGACACAGACGCGGUUUAGAAAUCCACCGACUGCCCGGACGCGUCAGUCUGGGAAGAAAUACAGAGAGCAAAAGGAGCGCACGGAAACCGGUCGAUACCCAGACGCAGACAUGACCACUGAUCAGGAUUUUCCCAUGGAUCCUCAGUCAGCCGCAGCCAUGUUUGCUGCAAAGGGCAUCGAUGUGACGCCCAACAAGGACCAAGGAGUCUUCAAGGUGAUCACGCGGCCAGCGUUGGACGGAGAGCGGCCGAUGAUCGGGGACAGAGUGACCGUUCACUACACUGGAAAACUGCUCACGGGGAAGACGUUCGAUUGCAGCCGAAGUCGUAAAGAACCUGUUAGCUUUAACGUGGGAAAGGGACAAGUCCUCAAAGCCUGGGAUGUUGGUGUUUUGUCCAUGCAGAGAGGCGAAGUGUGCACCUUCCUGUGUAAACCAGAGUACGCUUACGGAGCCGUUGGAAGUCCCAACAGAAUUCCUCCCAACUCCUCAGUAUUGUUUGAGAUCGAGUUGAUCAAGUUCGAGGGAGAGAUGCUCACGGAUGAUCGCGGCGUCAUGCGGAGAAUAAAGGUCAAAGGCGAAGGCUUCUUGAAUCCGAACGACGGCGCAAGCGUCAGCGUGCACCUGGAGGGGAGCUGUGGUGGUCGACUCUUUGACUGCAGAGACGUUAGCUUUGUUGUCGGCGAGGGUGAGGAUAAAUGCAUUCCUCUGGGAGUGGACCGAGCCAUGGACAAGAUGCAGAAAGGAGAGUGCUGUGUUCUUUACUUAAAACCAAAGUAUGCCUUUGGAAGUGAAGGUAAACCCGAGUACAAAAUUGGACCAGACAAAGACAUUGUAUAUGAAGUUGUGCUCAAAGACUUUAAAAGGGCUAGGGAAUCCUGGGAAAUGACUUUGAAUGAAAAACUGGAUUUGGCUGCUGGAGUGAAACAUAAAGGGAAUCAGUAUGUUAAGGCAGGACGCUACUGUCAGGCCAUCAUCCAGUACCAGCGCAUUGUUAACUGGCUAGAGAUGGAGUAUGGUACAGGGAUGGAGCAGAGGGAGAAGAUACAAACCGUUAUCUUGACAGCCUACCUCAAUUUAGCCUUGUGUUUCCUGCGGAUCAAAGAGUUCUCACAAGUCGUGGAGAGCUGCAACAAGGUGAUCGAGCUGGAGAAGAGCAACGAGAAAGCGCUGUAUCGCCGCGGUGAGGCGCGACUCCUCUGCAACGAGUUCAGCUUGGCUUUGACGGACUUUCAGCAAGUGCUUCAGGUCAACCCCUCCAAUCGAGCAGCGCGCGCUCAAAUUUCCGUCUGCCAGAGCAAGAUUAAGGAAUACCAUGAACAGGACAAGAAAAUCUAUGCCAACAUGUUCCAAAAAUUUGCCGAACGGGACGCCAAGGUUGGGAGGUCGAAGAGGAGGCGAGAGGACAGCGGUCGGAGCAGCAUGAACGGUGAAGUGACCGCGAAACGACGGCGACCCAGUCAGGACUGUAAUCUGUGACACUGACACCGCACAGGGGCCAAAAAAUGGAACCUUCCUUCUUCUUGCUUUCCAAGCCCAGGGAGCAGAGGCAGGAACAAAGUCGUGAAAAAGCCUCUAAUCCAAAAUCUUGUGUCCCAAAAUCCAGCGCGUCACCAUUCCUGCGUCUAAAACGAGAGUCUGAGCAGGCACAUUUGCAAGCCAAACAGCAUUUCCCCCGUCACGUGGACUGAGCUAUUUAAGGAUGUACGUCGAAUCAGAAAAAGAAUACGAUUGUUCAAAACAAUACAGAGGAAUUCCACUUUCUUUGUUAUUCGUCUACUGUGUUCUCCACAGUGUGUUUAUGAUCCCAAAACUGCACUUUCAGAUUUGGUGACUAUUAAGAAGCCUUUGCUUGGGCAGCUGCAUGCAUGUGUCACAUGAGGUUUGAGAUUCAGGCUUGAAGGUUUUUUUUCAUGUGCAAUAAAAGGUGAUAACAAGUCCCGUUAGCUAAUUGGUCUUUUAAAGAAUUGAAUUAUCAUCAGCUUGUUAUGUACAAAAAUACAACAGGACGUUGCUCAAGCCUGAAUUCGAAAAAAAAGUACUGAAAUACUAACGUUGAAUAAUACAGUUCUCCACUUUCGUCAUAAUGUCAGCAUUUUUAAUUCACAAACAGCACAAACUUCCACAUGCAAAUUUAUUCUACUUUUCGGCAAAUAUUCAAAAGGCAAAUCCGUGCAAUGCUUAUAACCAAACCUAAACAAUAGAAAUGAUUUACCAAGACAAAGAUUUUGCUUUUGGUUUUGACAAAGACGAGGCACCUUUUCAAGACCACGGUUAGUGUGCAUGUACUCAAAAUAAAUGAUUGAUGAUUUGAUUAGUGCAUGAUUAGCCAUUCAUUUGUUGAAAUCUCACCUUUUUUUUUUUUUUUUAUAAAACACAACAAGCAGUGCAAACAGUUUUAAUGGAAAAACAAACAACAACAAAAAAGACAAGUGUGGUAUCGUAGUUGAUAACUGAUUAAAAAUCAAUGACAUGGACUGAUUACAUUUGAAGUCAGAGGCAGCUGCAAAAUAAUUCUUACGUCGAAACUGUCAAACUGUAUUUAUGAAUUUAAAAUGUUUCCACUCUUGAGCCUUGGUGGAUUUUUAGUGAUUUUCAGUCUGUUGCACUCACUUGUUCACAGCGUGAUUGAGUGAAUGCAUGCAGAAUAACUUCAACUGUCCUCCCUCAGCAGAGCAGAGACUCUGUGAGUUUAAGUGUGAGAGGGACAGACAAACAACGACGCAUUACAGCUUAAAAAAAAUAAUCUGAACCACAGUUUGAAUUCAAAUAUUUCACAAAUUCCAUGAAUAUUUUCAACCCUGGUAAUGUGAUCAACUCCAUCAUUUCACAUCUGUAGUUCUUUCUGCUUCAGUCCCAGAAAAAGGUGUCUUUUGUUUCUUCUUUUCUCAAUUUCACUGCAUUUAUGAUUACUAUUAUUUUCUAAUUAUUUUUAAUUAUUAUUUUUUUUGUUGACAUUUGUAAAUGUGUAAAAUGCCGGUGGACAAUGAUGCACUUUUGUUGACUGCAAAACCAACACUUUCAUGAACUGUCGGAUGAAAUCCAGACAAUAAUCUAAGGAUGUUUUAUUAACAUUUGUUGAGUCGGAAUGGAAAAACCUUAGCUGUCUUAAAUAUUUUUGUGUAAAAACAAACAAAGAAACAAAACAAAAAAAAAACUGUGUGUAUGUGUGUGUGUGUGUGUGUUAAAUGUUGUUGUAUGUGAGCAAGGUUUCUUAUCAGCUUGUUGCUAAAUGUUUGACUGCUGGCUCUAAACAUUCAAACAUUUAGGUUAAGUACUUCUUUAACCUCCCAUUUGUACUAAGACAGAUUUCAAGGUCUCUCACUGCUGCGAUUGAAAGUGGAAUUUUCAGGAAUCAUUUGGGAAAUAUUGACAAUAACGAGCAGGAUGAAAUUCAGUAGAUUGAAUUGGCCGCUGUUAACGUGGCUUUUAUUACAAAAUGAAGUGUUAUUGUUUGUCAUACAAAGUGUUUAGAUUAUAUUCGGAAAAGAUCAUUGCCCUGUAAAGCGACGUGUGAUCAUUGUUUUAAAUAAGCGUUUAUGCAAAAAGAAUAUUUUCAGACAAAAAAACUAUGUAAUGGUACCUUUGUUCAUGUCUUCUUUAUAUAUUUUUUUAUAUAUUUCUUUUGCACUUUGAAAGCAUUAAAUAAAUGCAAGAGUUGCAUUAAAAUGAAUAUGUAAUUCUUCAUGUUAUAGGCCACUAUUUUACAAUAAAAUACCUUUGAAUGUU